UCAAGCAUGGAUCCCAAUGUUUGUCAGUGCCAGCUUUGCCCAGCACCAUUCAACGCCAGACUUGCUGCUUCUCGUUCAUUUGACGUCGUCACCAUGCAGACUUUUGCUGUAAUCCUUGCCGGCUUUGCCUUGUUUGCAGGUGCUCAGGCAUGCUCCGACGACACCAGUCGAUUGGACCGAUGCUCAGCAGAGUUCGAAAGGAAAACUGACCGGUUGCUUGUCGAGGUCGAAGCUGGUCGGAAAUCGCACACCGCCAUCUGCCCGCUGGCGAAUGAGUUGGAAGAGUGCAUGCUGCGCUUCGUGGACAACAUGUGUGAUGAAUUCAGCAAAAUGUUCUUGAGGCCUAUGGUCCAAGAUAUGAUGCAGACCGCUUCUCAGGAAGCUGGGUGUCACUACAUGGCUCGCCGGGAAACUG